GAGAGAGAGAGAGCGAACGAACUAGUGGAUGAUACGUUAGUCAGGUUGAGGGUGUUGGCAGGGGACGAAGGGUGCUAUUUCUUGGGAAAGAAUUCCCCAAUAGUCACCAAUUUUUCGGGAAAGGAUCAAUCAAAAUGAAAGGAGGCCAGAAGAAGAGAAUAUGUAUUAAACAAUGGGAAAGUUGGUUGUUGAAAGGAUUGAUGGGAUUUCAAGAAUUUAAUCUUGCUUUCUGUCCACAUAUUCCAGAUCCCUGUCUAUUUAGGAGUGCAGAUUUCUGGGCUCAUCAGCCUGCAGAUUAAAUGCAUAGUGGAACCAUAUCAUAACAUAGCUAGAGAGAAUUAAAGAGAAAGAAGAGCUGAUAGAUAGAUAGAUAGAUAGAUAGAUAGAUAUUUGAGAUGAAGAGCUGGGAUGAAUGGAGCCCAGUAAUUACAAUGGUGGCUAUUGAAUUUGCCUUUGGCACAGUGAACAUCCUUCUCAAAAAAGUCGUCGACAAUGGAAUGAAUCAUCUGGUUGUCAUAACCUACCGGCAGUCUAUUUCAACCAUCUUUUUGGCCCCAAUUGUCUACUUUUCAGAAAGGAACAGUAGACCGAAGCUGGCACUUCGAAUCCUUUGUCUUCUCUUCUUAAGCGCUAUUGUUGGGGCAUCUCUUACCCAGUAUUUCUUCCUUCUUGGAAUUCAAUACACGUCUGCUACUUUCUCUUGUGCUUUCAUCAACAUGGUGCCAGUAAUCACAUUUAUAAUGGCACUGCCAUUUCGAUUAGAGAAGGUGAACAUCAAAGCAAGUAGUGGAAGAGCCAAGGUGGUUGGCACACUAGUGUGCCUUGGAGGUGUCAUGAUACUGACUCUUUACAAGGGUAUACCAUUAGUCAAGUACUCUCACUCACGAGCUGCAGUUCACUCGAUGGACCAAGUUGUGAAGCUGAGUUCAGCUAAAAGGAAAGAGAACUGGACCCUCGGUUCAAUGUCGUUGAUCGCCGGAACCCUGCUGUGGUCCUCAUGGUUCCUUCUUCAAUCCAACAUCGCCAAGAGGUACCCGUGCCAGUACUCCAGCACUGCAAUCAUGUCCUUCUUUGCUACCCUUCAGUCUGCCGUCUUAGGCUUUUCUCUGGAGAGAAACCUAUCUGCGUGGGUUCCCAAGGGGAAACUGGAAAUGUUUGCUGUCAUCUAUGCUGGGAUGGUGGGAUCAGGAUUGGGCUAUGUGGGGAUGUCUUGGUGUGUGAAGAAAAGGGGCCCUGUCUUCACUGCAGCAUUCAGCCCCCUCAUUCAGAUCUUUGCAGCCAUGCUAGACAUCCCCUUUCUGCAUGAGCAGCUCCAUAUUGGGAGUUUGCUGGGAUCAGUGACUGUAAUUGCCGGGCUGUACAUUCUUCUGUGGGGGAAGAGCAUGGAAAUGAAGAGUUACGUGAACAAAGUAGGGCAAGGAACACAGGGGAGAAUGGAGCAAGAGCCAGUGUUACAAGUCACAACAGUUAACUGUGACUCUCGGGUUAAUCCUUGAGUCAAGGGAUACCGUGGCUUUACAUUCACAGCAAAAUUAUUAGACCAUGUAGUAGCUGCAUUAAUUUAAUGGAAACUGGGAUAACGGGCGUUUUAGGGCCUU